AUGAGAUGCGCCGCUUCCGCUCAACAGGCCGAAACCGCCGGCGCACCUCUACUGUCGUAUUCGCCAUCCUCCGUUGCGGGCCACCGCGCAUGCCAAUCCGCGCCUCUCCUCCGCCCGCGGAGCCUCCACCCUUCCGAAGUCGUCCCCGUCAACUUGAACCCUUCCCCCUCCCCGCCGCCUGCUCAAUCCCCGCCGGCGGCAGAAGAGUCAUCGCGCGCCACAGCCGCCUCGUCCGGAGAGUCCCGCAGCAGUAACUACGAUUCAUCGAGUUGCCACGACCUGUCGAAUUCCGCCGCAGCAGCCGCUGCCUAUUAUGACCCUUCGCAAUCCGCAGCCUACUACAAUUCGAGCUUCGACCCCCGAGCCUACCGCGAGUCGGACACGUCGAGUCUUUCCGCCGCCGCCGCGGCCGCGCAACAGCCGACGCCACCGCCGCCGAGCACGCACCAUGAAGCUCCUCAUGCCUCGCUCGGUGAUUUGCUGUCCAGUCAUCACUUUGACUGCCACAUCACGCUCUCGCAUCGCGCCGCCGUCCGCAGCAGGCAGCAUCAUCCGCCCGCGGUACACAUUUCCGAACCCCCCCUCCCCUAUGACGCGCGCAAAUCCCCCCGUCGCCGCGCGCAGCUCCGCGUAGCUGAACUCACGGAGCGGAGGGAGGCCGGCGGACCCAUGUCAGCAGUGAAUCAUUCCAACAUUCUGCGGUUGGAAGGUGUGGGGCUAGACGCGGAAGAGAAGCCGAUUCUCGUGUAUGGACUGAUCCCUGGAGGCGACGUCAAGAAUUUUCUCGCAAGAGUCCGCGGAAACGAAGCACGGUUUCCGUGGAAGGAUCAUGUGAGGGUUGCACUGGGCUGUGCCAAGGCACUAGCUGUCAUUUACGAAAACAUGUUCAUUCACCGCGAUUUCAAGUCGUCAAACGUGCUUCUACGAAAGGAUUUCACUCCAGUGUUGGCCAACUAUGGUUUGGCUCACACCAUAGAGGACUGGAAAACACACGUGUCGACCGCAGUGGUUGGCUCAAUCGAAUACAUUGACCCAAACUACUGGCAGACAGGACAAAUAUGCCAGUUAGCUGACACAUAUGCGUUUGGUGUGUUCCUUUUGGAGCUGAUUUCCAGCUAUUACCCCCUCAAUGGUAGGUUCAAAGAGCUGAGGAAGGAGAUGACCUACACUGAUUUUGACCCUUCUUGGGUCGAUCCUACCAUCGAGGGAGAACGUGUCGCUCACGCCACCUCCCGUUCCCAGAUAACUAGCGAGGCUGGGAAGGAUAGCGCGGAUGCGGACGAUUGUGUUUCUUCGAAGUACGCUAUCGAAGACGGUGAUAGGGAGGAUGGAAACGACGGCGAUGAGGUUGACGACGACGCAGCAUCCGAGAACCUUCCGAUAUCGCUCGUCGUAGCGGCUUUAUUUUUGGACACUAAAGGACAGUCGAGAGCGCUUAUUAAGAAGCUAUGUUCGUUUGACUCCGAUUUUUUCCACAGAAAGCUUCUAACUCUGCCCGGCGUCACUCGCACCGCGUCCUUUGUUAAACAAGGGAUCACCUGGCUACAGACGCACCUUUCCGUACCUGUAAUGAGUCACGCGGAUGCUUUCAGCGGGCAAUCUUAUAGCGCGGAUGCUCUCGCCAAGGGCGGUCGCUGCAAAAGGUCGCCGUGCGGGUCGUGCUGCGUGUCGAUGCCGAAGGACUCGCAUGAGCACGGAAACGCUGACUACUAUCUGCCGAACCGCGCCCGGUCCAGCAAGCAGGUGCUACCGCUCGUCGGCCUCGGAGCCGUCGCCAUCCUUGUGCUGCUCGUCCGCGGCGGGGUACCGGCUCGAACUCCCUUCCACCGCGGCAUCUUCCCUUUCCCAAAGCUCCCCACGGGUGCUACGGCAUCCGUCUACCAAUCAACGACUGCCGCGUGGCUGGACCUCACCGCCCUGUUCUUCCUCUUUUUCGGCACCGCCGCCUUGACGCGGUUCGCCAUAAUCCACCUGAUCCGGCGGCAUCCGCAUUUGAGCCUUCCACUCGCGGCGCUGCUUCCCGCCGAUCGCGGCGGCGGUGGUCGGGGUUCCGCGGGGAGGAGUGGGUGCGCGCCUGGGGGAUCUGUGUUCAUGCGUGACCUCUGCGGAAAAGCCGCCAAGAUGGGGCUCGGCGGAGGGUUCUGGCGCGCGGCGUGGUGGCAGGCGCAGCUUUCGCCUUCCCCGCGCGGGAGGCGCAGCUCCGCGCAGCUGGCGGAGCGAUUUUCCGCCACCAGCGGCACCAGCAAAGGCAUGUCAAAGUUUGGAGAUGCUGUAGACGACGCGUUAUGCCUUACUGUGAGGCGGUACACUAACGGGGAUAAAUACGAAGGCGAGACGCGUGACGGGGUAGCGUCCGGAAGCGGCGUGUACUAUUUCGACGAAGCUGCGGGGAAAUACGAAGGCGAAUGGGCGGACGGAAAAUACAGCGGGUUGGGUGUAGAAUCGUGGGAGAGUGGUAGCGUGUACCGAGGAGAGUACAAACGCGGAUACCGCGAGGGGCGGGGGCUGUACCAGUUCCACACGGGGGACGCGUAUGCGGGCGCGUGGGCGCGCGGGCAGAGCCACGGCGCGGGGCUGCAGAUGUGCGCGGAUGGGAGCACGUACGCGGGGCAGUUCUCGUACGGGCUGAAGCAUGGCUUUGGGAUCUACACCUUCAGAAACGGCGAUGUGUACGCGGGGGAGUAUUUCCGUGACGCCAUGCAUGGGUACGGUGUGUACACGUUCAGCAACGGGCAGAGCUACGAGGGCGCGUGGCACGACGGGUGCAAGCAGGGGCUGGGCCGAUACACCUUCCGCAAUGGAGAAUCCCUCAUGGGCCACUGGCACCUGGGAGCGCUGCUCACACGCUGCUGUGAUACUAGCACUGCAUCUGCUGCCCCCUCUGCCACCGCUACUGCUGUUGCCGGCUCGGUUCCAUCAGCUCCUUCUGCCGACUCUGCUGGAUCUUCUGAGUCUGUGUUUGAUGCGGUGUCUGACUCACUUUUGGACUGCGGCAGCUGGAGUGGGUCUUCAAGCCCGUUGCCACCGUCAGCCUUCUCAUCAGUAGUAUCAUCACCAUCAUUAUCAGCAGCAACGUCACCAUCAGCGAUGGCAUCGCCGUGUGGAGCCACAGCGGGCCAGUCCCCGGUCAAUGGGCGCCCUUUGGUGGACCCUGCUAAAGUCCUAGCAGCUGUUGAGGCUGCCAGGAGGGCAAAGAAGAGAGCAGAAACACUGUCAGGUUCAGAUGAGAGUUUGUCUGAAGUGGUGGCUGCAGCCAAUCAGGCGGCUGCUACUGCCAGGGAAGUAGCGGCAGAAGCAAGGGCGUUGGGGCCUCGGCCUGAAACCAAGAGUGACUUGCAAAGCAGUCUUCACUUGCCGUUCCCCAAGCGUACAAUUUUGUCGCACUUCGCCGAGCCGGACGCUAUUUUCCGUCGAAUUUUGACGGACCCUGAUCGCGGUGCAUUUGUUCCGUCAGGCAGCCGUCAAAUUCAGAGUAUUCUGAUUCGAUCGCUAGUCAUGAAGCUCACUGACGGCAUGGCAGCGCUGGUCACGGGAGCUGGCUCGGGAAUAGGACGAGCAGCUUCCCAGUUCCUGGCAGCCAAGGGGCUGCGGGUGACUGUUGUUGAUUUCUCAGAGGCAGGCGGGUUGGAAACGGUGCGGCUGAUUGGAGAGCAGACGGGGAGGCGAGAUGCCGCGAGAUUCGUCCAGUGUGACGUCAGCAAGCCUUCUGACCUGGCCCGUGCAUUCGCCGUGCACAUGCAAUGGUGCGGCCGUCUCGAUGUCUGCCUCAACAACGCAGGCAUAGGCGAGAAAGAAUGGUUCCUCAAGGACACGUCAGCAGACGGCAAGGGCUCCUGGCGCCACGUGUUGGACGUCAAUUUGAGAGCUGUUAUUGACGGCACUCGCCUUGCUGUGCACGCAAUGCAGCUGUCUGGGAAAGGUAGCAAGGGCGGCCCGAGAGGCGUGAUAGUGAACGUGGCAUCGGCAGCAGGGCUGUACCCCUCACCUAAUGGCCCCAUUUAUGCUGCAUCCAAAGCUGGAGUGGUCAUGUUCACACGUUCACUGGCUCAUCUUGCAGGGAGUGGCAUUCGCAUCAAUGCUCUUUGCCCUGAGUUCAUUCAAACCCCUCUGGUGACCCAGAUCACAGGGCAGGCGGCGAAGCAUUUCCCCAAGGUGGUCGCCUCGCUAGGGGGCUUCAUUCCGAUGGAAACCAUAAUGGAUGGCAUAGCUGAGUUGAUGGAGGACGAGAGGAGGGCGGGCGAGUGCAUGUGGAUCACCAACCGGCUGGGAAAGCAGUGGUGGCCGACUGAGGAGGAGAAGAGGCGCUACCUGGUGGCGGGCACACCUGGGGGAGGUGAUAGUAAAGGGGGUGACAACAAAGGAAGUGCCAGCAAAAGUGAUUCAAGAGGGGGUGAUGCAAGUGGUGGUGGAGGGGCAUUGGCGUUGGGUGCCAUGCCACGUGCAAGAAGGGGUGCUGGUUUGGGGGCAGCUGGUGGUGAAGCUUCUGGGAAGCAGCGUGUGGGUGUGGCGAGUGGCCUGCCUUUGACUUUCCAGAAGCUUGUGGUGCAGCGCCUCUCUUCAGACUUCAGGCAAGCGACCAGCAUCAUCGAGGCACCACUGCCACUGCCCGUGCCGGCAGGGAAGGUGCUGCUGCGAGUGCGAUACGCGGGGGUGAACGCCAGCGAUGUCAACUACUCAGCCGGCCGCUACGCAGGCAGCCCAGCAGAAGCAUCCCAGCAGCUUCCCUUCGACGCAGGCUUCGAGGCAGUGGGGGAGAUCGUCGCACUACCAGGCAGCACCACAGCUGGGUUUUUGGAAACAAGGAGCAAAGGGGGCCUGGCUGUGGGGCAGGCAGCAGCAGCGCUGGCGUAUGGUGCAUUCGCUGAGUAUAUGCUGGUUGAUGCGCGAUGGGUCAUUCCUGUGCCUGAUUGUUCCCCGCAAAUGGUGGCUCUGCUGACCAGUGGGCUCACUGCCUCCAUCGCUCUAUCUGAGUCGGGGCGCAUGGGUAGUGGAGAGACGGUGCUGGUGACAGCAGCAGCAGGAGGGACGGGCCAGUUUGCAGUGCAGUUGGCGAAGCUGGCAGGAAACAGGGUUGUAGCGACAUGUGGCAGUGAGAGCAAGGCAGCAGUGCUGAGGGAGCUUGGGGCAGAUGUGGUGGUUAACCACCGGACAGAGAAGGAUAUGGCCAAGGCACUGAAGAAAGCAUGUGGGCCGCAGGGAGCAGCAGUGGUGUUCGAAUCCGUGGGAGGAGAUAUGUUCGCAGCUGCACUGAAGGCGCUCGGCCGAUUUGGGAGGCUUAUUGUGAUUGGCAUGAUGUCUCAGUACACAGCGGGGCAGGAGGGGCAGUGGGUGAGCAAGGCCUAUCCUGGUCUGUGUGAGCGUCUACUGUCCAACUCUCAGACUUUGGUCGGCUUUUUCCUGCUGCACUACCCACAGCUGUGGCGCUCCCAUUUCACCAAGCUGGUCACCCUGUACCAAGCAGGCCUGCUCAAGGUGGCUCUGGAUCCGACGCCGUUCAAGGGCCUGCCUGCAGUGACGUCAGCAGUGGAGCACCUGCAAUCUGGGAGCAGCGUGGGCAAGGUUGUGGUAGAGAUAAGUCCAAAGAUGAUAUUCGGGAAGCGCAAGGACGACAAGGGGUUUGACAUCGAGUUCAGCAGCGAUGACAUCUCGUCCAUCCACACGGCGCACUCCAGCUCGGGGAAAUUCCUUGACAAGUACAGUCUAUCCGACAUGGAGGCAAUGUUGCAAGAGUUGGGGGUGAUGGCGAAGCUGAGGAAGAGAGGCCACCACGCGGUGAACAUAGAGCUGGAUCUUACAGACCCCUUUGUGCACAAGAUGCUCUGGACCACCCCAGCAGCCCCUGAGCCUCUCUGCGAGUGCGCCCUGCGAAUCCUCACAUCUACCUCCCUGCUGCAUGUGAGUGUGCUUGCUUCCAUCGAUUCAUAUGCUGUGAGGCCAAGCGAGGUGAUAGGCGAGGGGGCAGCAGUGCUCAAGGCGUGGGAGAGUGGCUUGGGCGAGUACCAUCCGCUCAAGCUGCUGCUGGUGGACUGGCUGCUGCUUCAGGACCCUCUGGCGCCCUGUGAUGAAACCUUGCUGCCUGGCCAACACAUGCCAGGUCUCGGGGUUGCGAUCGAAUUUGGCAACUUGCUCUAUCGCAUGGCGCAGGAGGGCGAGUUUGACGCGGUGGUGAAUCGUCCCCUGCACUUCCACAAUGCGGUCAUGUACGCCCCCACUGGCAACCGCUUCCUCAACCCGCAGGUGGAAGCGCGUUUUCGAGUACUGGUGCGGGACAUGGAGGCUGAUGUGCUGGCAAAGUCGCUUGCUGACGUGUCACACACCAUUCAGUGUGCUGGACUGCGACUCGCGAUUCCAACCACAACUGGUGGAACCAACACCACCAGCAGCACCACCGCCACCAGCACCACCAGCACCACCAGCACCACCAGCAUGCCAGAUGCCACCUCCCCCGUCGCAUCCUCAAACUCAGAUGCCACCUCCCCCAGCAGCACGUUAGAUACCACCUCCCCCAGGAGUCACGCGGUGAGAGUCAUCACCUGGACGGCUGAGGAGCAGGCCAAUCCCGUGUCAGACAGGAUGAAGGCCUUCCUGGCAUCAGAUUCCUACCUCUCAUUGGUGCAGCGUGACUCACACGGAAUAACAACCAAUGAGCAUCUGACACGUGCGCGCUCGAUGCUGGUCAACGGCCGGCGCGUCUCGCUCAGCAGCAGCGGCAGGGAGCUGGGGAAUGGGGGCAGUGGGAGGGAGCUGCUGGGGCAUGGGAGCAGAGGGAGUGGGAGGGAAGCGAAUGGUAGCAUUGGGAGGGAUGCAAAUGGAAGCUGUGGGAGGGAGGGUAGUUGCAAUGGCAGGGAUAUUGGGAACAACUGCAGCUGCCCCAGCUUGCAGAAUCAGCAGGGCAAUCCGUCCAAUGCAGAUACAGAUGUGGAUGUUUUGGCUGCUGGUGCUGCCCCCAACCGUGCCACUCCAGGUUCGGUGCAAAUCCUCUCUCCCCCCGUUGGCCGAACCACACCCACUGGAACAGGCACGGUUGGCCGGAUCACUCCCCCCCCACCGGGCUCUUUGGACGGUGACGUGGCGGUUCUAGCAGCAGCCAAUGGCGUUGCGCCACGUGGACUGCUGACGCCCCCUGUGAAUGGGGCUAUACAGGGGGAAGUGGGGGUUGAGGGGGACAUGGAGGGGGAGAGGAGAGGAGGGGUGGAUGCGGGGAGGGGUACAGAGGGGGGAAUGGAGGGGCAAGGGGAGAAGGAGGAGGAGGAGGUAGAGGAGGCAUUGAGAGGGUUUUUGCCGCCCCCACCACGAGAAAAGUGUUCCGAGCAGCUUCAGGCCAAGUUCAUCCGGUAUCUGGAGCUGAAGCGGGCCGGCAGGAGCAUCAACGACGCUUUACGGAACUCCAAGGGCUACCGCAACCCUGACUUCAUGCAGCAGGUCGUGAAGCAUGAGGGAAUAGACGAGCAUGGCUCCUGCUUUCCUAAGGACGUCUUUAAUCCCCUCGGCUUUGACCGAUCUGACUACUAUGACGCUCUUGUGGCGGAGCAGAGGAGGGAGAUGGAGCGGAAGGAGCAGGAGAGGAGGCAGAAGGGCGGGCAGAUCGAGUUUCAACGAGGGGGCACUGUGGUUCAGCUCAUUGCUGCUCCGCCUAAAGGAACUCAACCGGAUUCCGUAGCUGCUGCAGCAGCAGGAGGAGCAGUUGCUGUGUCCGGGCAACCCAUGGCAGCAGCAGGGGUGGGAGCAGCAGUGGGGGCAGUGGCGGCAGGAGGUGCCGCUGCUGCUGCCGUGGGAGCGGGCAUAGUGGGGUCGGCUCCUGGUGUCGUGCGGGGAGGCACUGUUGCUGCUGGUGGUGGGGAGGGGUUGACACGAGGCGGGAAGCGGAGCAAAUGGGACAAGGUACGGAUUGUUUGA